AUGGAGACGUUACGAGAUCACUGGAAUACAACUUCACCGAACGACUUGUCCGCAAGAGCAUCAUCACCUACUGGUUCCGAGCGUCGCAAACUAAGCUUCAAUCCCGUAGGCGGCUGGGCUCCGGACGUCGCGCAUGAAGAGCCUGUUGCUGCGUUUGAGGUCAGCAAAAUCAAGAGAAUAGCUCAGGUCGCCGUCGCUUGCGUCUAUUGUCUGUUCGCAGCUGGUGUAGUAUUUGGAUAUGCUGCUAUCAAGCCUGUUCUGAUCGAGCAGGGUGUGUACGCUGAGAGGUGUACGCCGAAGGAGAUUGAAGAAGGCGUUUGGGUGUGUUAUGAGCAAGAGUUGAGGCUCAACUUGAUGUUCACCGUCGCUGCUGUAAGCACAAAUGUUUGCGCUUUACCUGUUGGAACGAUCCUUGAUCGCUAUGGUCCAAGAGUUGCUGGCAUCAUCGGUUGCUUCCUUCUCGCUAUCGGAUCCGCACUUCUGGCUUUCGCAUGGGAUGCUCGCGAAAACUUCGACCUCUGGAUUCCUGGUUACUUCUUCCUUGCCCUCGGUGGACCUUUCAUCUUCAUCUCCAGCUUCCAACUGUCAAAUACUUUCCCCAAGCACUCCGGCACGAUUCUCGCACUCUUGACCGGUGCGUUCGACACCAGCUCCGCUGUCUUCCUUGUAUACCGAAUUGUCUUCCAAUCCACUGGCGGAAGCUUCGACACAAAGCGCUUCUUCCUGAUCUACCUCGCCGUGCCUGUUUUGAUUCUCAUCGCACAGAUAUUCCUCAUGCCAUCGAACAGCUACAAGACCGUAGGAGAAUUGGUUCAGCAAGCCGAGGACCCAUCAGACUCGGAUUCAGAUCUUGACAUCAGCGAUGAACAACGCGCUCUCCUUCGCCAAGAACGUCGUGAGUCCGUUGUCAGCGAGAUCACUGAACUCCUUGGUAGCAAGGGUGCCGAAGAACAGCAGGCUCAGCAACAUCAAGUUGAGGCUACCAGUGGUGUUUGGGGCGCUCUCCACGGCAAGCCUGCAAUCAAGCAAAUCUUGACACCUUGGUUCAUCCUCAUCGCUCUGUUUACCAUCGUCCAGAUGACAAGAAUCAACUACUUUGUCGCCACUAUCCGCACCCAGUACUCGUACCUCGUUGGUCCUGGACAAGCAGAGAACAUCAACGCCUUCUUCGAUAUCGCACUUCCACUUGGCGGUGUUAUCGCAGUCCCAUUUAUAGGAUUGGUCCUCGACCACACCAGCACUGUGUUUACUCUUGCCUUGCUUGUCACUAUCGCGACUGCUAUCGGUGUUCUCGGUGUCAUUCCCAACACUGCUUCUGCAUACGGCAACAUCAUCCUCUUCGUCAUCUACCGUCCUCUAUACUACACCGCUGUCUCCGAUUAUUCUGCCAAGGUCUUCGGUUUCGCUACCUUCGGUAAGGUCUACGGUCUCAUCAUCUGUCUUGCCGGUCUCUUCAACUUCUCUGCUCAAGGUCUUGACGCUCUGACUCAUCACGCUUUCAACAAUAACCCCAUCCCCGUAAACAUCAUUUUGUUGUCUGUGGCGUUUGUAGUUGGUGUCUUGCUUGUUGGAUACGUAUGGUAUCAAUCGAGACACAUUGAGAGAGAUGAUCUGGAAGAAGAGGCCGAGGAGGCUAGAGAGACUUUGAUGCCUGGUGCCGACAUUGACAAUACCACAAGAGAACAUGGACACCAGACAUACGGUACUGCAUGA